AUGUUAGAAAAAAAGUUUGCUGACAUUGACAAGAAAUUUGAGAAUGUUUUAAACAAGAACAAGAGGAAGUUAGAAAAUGCUCAGAUAAAGCCUAUACAUGACAAGUUCUUAUUUGCUCAGAAUGGUAUAACAGGUCUAAUUGCACCACCUGGGUCGGGUAAGACUUUCACUUAUCUUAAAAUGGCUGCACAACAACAAGAACUAGAUGAGAAGAACCCAUUCUAUGAGUUAGUAGUCAUUUGUAGUACUUCUGGUCAAUUUGACCAAACCGUCAAUUCGUUCAAAGAUAUUAUAAAGAAGUCUAAGUUAGUAUGUAUAAAAGACUCUGAGUUGUUAGAUUGGAUAAAGAAGUACCAAAGAAGAGUUUUGAAGUAUAAUGCUAUAAAUGAGUAUAUAAAUUCUAAGUUUAAAGACCCAAAUGAGGAAAUGCAGAGAAUAUUAGAGAAGAAACACUUCAGAAACAAACAGAAAGAGAUAGAAUACAUUUCGAAGAAAUUGCAAUCUUACG